AUGUCUGCUACUUCGAACGCUGCACGUUGGCGAUCUGUGGGCGCUGUUGCCCUGUUGGAAUUAGCAAUAAGAACUGCUGUUUUGGCGCUGUUCCCUGUCGAGGUGUUUACGUUUAGAGUGAACGAACGUUUACAACUAACUAUAAGAACAAAUAAAAAGUUGUUCGAAGGUAGAAAAAACAGUAUUUUUGAAGCUCUCCAAACUCGAAUCGAACGUGAAAAUUAUUAUUUAAAACAAAUAGAAUGGUUAAAAUGUAAGUUGUGUACAAAAACUCGUGAUAUUAGCAUGUUGAAACAUUUGAACGAUGAACAAAUAGAACAAUUUCAGGCAUGCUUGUUUUAUAGUAAAGAACUAGAGUUGAUUAUUGGAAAAUAUCAAAAUCAAUUUUGUAAAAAUGAAAAUAUUUGUAAAUGCAAUUUGAGUAUUGAAUUCGAAUCUGAACAACUGUCAGUAGAUUCAGAAAAUUCGUGUGAAGAUAAAUCACAGAUAGAUUCAAAAUGUUCAAGUGAGGAUUGUUUAAAGGAAGAUUCAAAAUGUUCAAGUGAGGAUCGUUUAAUGGAAGAUUCAAAAUGUUCAUGUGAAGAUAAAUACAAAGAAGAUUCAAAAUGUUCAUGUGAAGAUAAAUGCAAAGAAGAUUCAAAAUGUCCAUGCGAAGAUAAAUUAAAGGAAGAUAACUCAGUAGAACAUGUCAGUGAAGGUCAGUAUGGAGAUGUACAAGAGUUUCUGCUUGCAAUUGAUGACUACUGCAAUUCAAAAACGUUAAGUAUUUCAAUCUUAACAUUAUUAAAACAAUCGAAGUCGAAUAUUAGCAGUUUAAUUAAAGAUAAUGACAUCAGUAAAAAUGAACUUACACAAUGUCAAAAUGAUCUUGCAUGUUAUAUGAACAAAUUAAACAAAGAAAUAGAUCUGUCAAAAAAAAAAGAUUCUGAGAUAUUAUCAAUGUAUUCAGAUUUAACUUUAAUGGCAGAUGAGUUGAAAAAAAUUUCAAAAGAGAAAUCAAAUCUGGAGGACCAAUUAAAUCAAUUAAAUGAAGAAUUGUGUUCCAAGGCUGUAGAUUGUGAAAAAUUAGUAAACCAAUUUGAAGAGCAGAAAGAAAAAUUAAACAACAUUAAAUCUAGUUCAAAUGUAAAAAUCUGCGAUGAUGAAUUCAUACAAAAUGAAGUUUGUGAAAAAACACAUACACUUAAAGACAAUAUUACAAUUGUAGAUGGAUUAGAACAUAAUUUAAUUGAAAUGAAAAAGCAGUUAAAAGAAACGGAACAAUUAAACAUUAAUUUUCAAGACAAAUGUAAACUACUGAAUGUAGAAAACAUGGACUUGAAAGACAAAUUGGAAAUUGAAAUUAAUAAUAACAUAAAAUAUUGUAUUGAAAUCGAAGAGCUCUGUAAACGAAUUAACAAAUUUGAAGCCGUUACUAGAGGUCUUGAGAUACAAAACAAAACACAUAUCGUGAAAAUUGAUGAUCUAAACCAAGAAAAAUGUGAUGCAGAAAAAAAAUUUAAUAAAAUAAUUGAAGAUCUAUAUUUUACCGUUCAAGAAUUAAGAAACGAAUUAGCCACUGCUCAAUUAGAUACUGAAAACACUGAAAAAAUCUUGAAAAAUAUGAAUGACGAAGACAAAAAAUGUUUUGAAAAUAAAAUUGGUUUAUUGAAAACUGAUAUUGAGAAUUUAGAAACUGAACUUGAUCAUUAUAAACGCCAACAUGAUUCAUUAUUAAAAAAAUACCUGGUUAAUGAAAAAGAACUUUCAAAAUCUAUUGAGAUGCUUAAGUUGUUACAAACUCGAGAGUUGGAAUUGAAUAAAGAAAAUGAAGAAAAUAAAGAACAUGUUUUAACGCUAUGUAGAGAUUUAAAUGUAAUAAAACAACAACUUGAAGAAAAAAUAGAAAAAAAUAAUGAAUUGACAUGUCAAAAUAAUAAUUUAAGAGCAGAAAAUGAUGUUCAGAGUCAAAAUAUCGAUGAGUUGAAUAAUGAACUAAUAAGCGUCAGAAAAAAGGAAUCGUGUGUGCGAAAAGAUUUAGUUGUAUAUAAAGAAAAACUAACGAAAGCAGAUGAAGAAAUUUCCAAUUUGAAUUCAGAGAUGAGUGGCAUUAAAUGUAAAUUACACAAAACAUGUGCCAAUUUGACUUGUACGGAAAAAAAACUUCAGGAUGCAGAGUUGAAACUGAACGAAAGAAUAUAUCCAAAAGAAAAAAUCAGUCAGAAAUAUAGUAAUAUGGUCAACUAUUUGUCUACGAACUGUGAAAUGCAGCAAUCGAUAAAGCCAAAUUGUAUAUCUGCUGGAUGCCAGUAUGAGAAAUCAGCUGAUGAUAAACAGAUAGGAGACUACUGCUGUUCUCCUGGUGAAGAAAAUGCAUCGUGUAAUGUUACUAAUUAUGACGCAAACGGAAUAAACUAUGAAAACACUUAUUCGAUUAAAAUGUCAAAGGAAUCUACUCAUAUUGGUGUACAGACAAAUUUAUGUUGUACAGAAAAUUGUCCACCUAUAGCCCAUUGUGAAACGGUUUCAGUAAUUAUUGAGGAAUCCUAUCCAAACAAUAACAUCUUGUGCUGCCCCGAACCAUAUAACGCCAAUAAAUGUGACUUUGGCACAUGUGAAUCAAAUGACAGUUGCAAAUGCCCAUGUGAGACACCACCACUAGAAACAACAUCACAGUUGGAUAGUAAUUCAACCGAUUGUUUGCGUUCUGAUGAAUCGAAACUCACGACCACAUGCGAUUGUAUCACUCAUUUCAUGGAAAAAGAAAAUUUAAAAUGUCUACUGGACGAGUCGAAACAACUAUUAGAACAAUAUGAAAAGGACGCAGAACAAAAAAUAAGUGAAAUUCAAGCUGAACAUUGCAAAAAGGAGAUGGAAAUGAAUGAAUGUUUCGAUAAGGCUACAUCGCAAUACAAAACAAACAUGGAUGACGUUACCGCACGUUUAAAAUCAUGUACAGAAACGGUUUUGUGUAAGGAAAAGGAAUUAAAAUGCUGCCGGGAAAGAGAAAAUCGACUAAAAAAAGAAAUAGAAAAACUAAACGAAGCUAUAAAAUGCAAAGAUUCAAAAAUUUGUGACGAAGAAAAUAAAUUAAAAACGAUGUGCGAAUGUUUGGAAGAAUGCAAAAAACAAUUCGUAACUCUAAAAGACUCGUUGGAGUUGGAAAAAUCCACUAAAGAAGAGUUAGAAAAAGAAAUGGAAAAAUUAGACGUUAAACCASAAAAUGAACAUCUAAAGAAGUUAAAGACAAGAGAGAGGGAUGUGGUUAAGCAACGGAAAAGUGGGCUCAUGCGGAACAAGAUAUCAAAAUUUAUUCCUCAUGAAGGAAAAACUGUUAUUAUUUCUUGCGAAGAGAAGAGAAUGAGGUCGGGAGCAGACUAUGGAAUGGGACACAAUUUCUGUAACACUGAACAAGAAAUGUAUGGUCGUCGUCGUGGUCGUCGUUACAUCGGCCAUACACGGAGUGGAGGCCACAAUCCGUCUCAAAUUCGCCCUGACACGCGAGUGUUCGAUAACGGCGACCCGGCGGUACACACGCUACCAGCUGAAUUCAUCGAAUCGUUGCGGCAACAAGUGCGAAAAAAUGUCGGCUGCGACAACACCAAUUGUUACGCGAUGGGAUGCUGCAGCAAACUCUUUUUCCGGCGUUAG